CGCAGGCGCGAGGGAGUUGGCCGCGGCCGGACUUGGGCGGGCUGGAAGACGCGUAGCUGGGCUUUGGAGACAGUGACCGAGCCGUGUGGGUUCAGCCGCUGGUCGGAAAGCUUUUGUCAGGGGCCCGGCCGAGAACAAGGCCCGAGAGAUUCCCGAUGGUGUCCAUGACUUUCAAGCGGAGCCGCAGCGACCGGUUCUCUAGCAGCCGGUGCUGCGGCUGUUGUCAUGUCCGCACCGGGACGAUCAUCCUGGGGACCUGGUACAUGGUUGUCAACCUACUGAUGGCAAUUUUGCUGACUGUGGAGGUGACUCACCCAAACUCCAUGCAAGCUGUCAACAUUCAGUAUGAAGUCAUUGGCAAUUACUACUCAUCUGAGAGGAUGGCUGAUAAUGCCUGCGUUCUUUUUGCCAUCUCUGUUCUUAUGUUUAUAAUCAGUUCAAUGCUGGUAUAUGGAGCAAUUUCUUAUCAAGUGGGUUGGCUGAUUCCGUUCUUCUGCUACAGGCUGUUUGACUUUGUUCUCAGUUGCCUAGUUGCCAUCAGUUCUCUCACUUACUUGCCCAAAAUUAAAGAAUACCUGGAUCAAUUACCUGACUUUCCCUACAAAGAUGACCUCCUGGCAUUGGACUCCAGCUGCCUUGUGUUCAUAGUUGAUUGGUUCUUUGUGGUCUUCAUCAUUUUUAAGGCUUACCUCAUCAACUGUGUCUGGAACUGCUAUAAAUACAUCAACAACCGAAACGUGCCGGAGAUUGCCGUGUACCCUGCCUUUGAAGCUCCCCCACAGUAUGUUUUGCCAACCUAUGAAACCGCCGUGAAGAUGCCCGAGAAAGAACCACCGCCUCCUUACUUGGCCGCCUGAGGACGCUCUGCUGCCGUCAGUAGACACCACACCAGCUUCUCGUCUGGCUCGCUUUGCAGAACGCUGCAGUGCAGGGCUCUCAGACUGGUUUGAUAUCAAGUACCUUGUCUUUUGUUUAGCAAUUAUUUUCAAACACUAAGGAGCUUUUUGGACAUUUAUUAGAAACUUCUUUUUGUUAAGUGGAUUACAUUUUAAUACCUUUCUGAAGACAAUCUAGGUUCAGCCAGAGCAAAGUGCCAUUGUUAGCCUUUGAUGGAGGGGUGGGAAGGGAAGGGGGAUUUUCCACACUUUCUUUUUAACUUUGCACUUUCUUUAUAUAAUAGUUUGUAUUUUGGUUAUUUGCUGCCAUGGAUAAUUUCAGGAAGAAUGAAUUCAGUAUUCAGGAUGAGUGAGUUGGGUAUAAGAGUUGAGAUUUUCAGCCGUUAGAAAUGGAAAAUAAAUAACAGUUUGACUUGACCAUGAAAGAUGAAGGUGCAUGUUUCUAAUUUGUAUGUUUCCAUUUUUGUGAUAAUAUACUUUAAUAAAUCUCUUAAACUUUA